AUGUGGAGUAGACUUUGGCAUGAUAUUUUGUUUGAAAUUAAUUCAGUUUCGAAGCUUUUGCAAUCUGUUACUAUAAAUAUAUCAGAUUGUGUAAGGAUGCUAUCAGAAACCAUAAAAAAAGUGAAAAGUUAUAGACAAUCUGGAUAUAUUCAAAUGAAAAUUGCUGCAAAGGAGAUAGCAGAGAAUCUCAAAUCCAGUACAGAAUUUCCUGAUGACACUGAAGUUAGACCCAGAAGGAAAAAGCGUCAAUUUGACUAUGAAAAAGCUGUCAAUGAGCCCUUAACAGAGGAGAAAAAAUUUAAAAUAAACUUUUUCAACUAUAUUCUGGACAUUACCCUUAAUUCUCUGAAUGAACGAUUCACGCUUCUGGAAACCCAUAAUAUAAAUGCAAAUGACCUUAGAGAAGAAUUGCGUGAUGUAUCCAGAAUGCUACCAUAUUCUACGAAACCUUUGGAUGUUUUAAAUUAUUUAUGCCAAAAUAGCUUAAUUAGUUUGUAUCCAAAUACUGUUGUAGCUCCGAGAAUUUUAUUAACUCUCCCUGUAUCUGUAGCUAGUGGGGAAAGAAGUUUCUCCAAAUUAAAAUUAAUAAAAAACUACUUAAGAAGUUCAAUAGGACAAACAAAACUUAAAAAUCUGGCAUUAAUUUCUAUUGAAUCUGCAAUGGCUAGCACUCUAGACUACACAUCAGUAAUUAACGAAUUUGCUAAAGUUAAAGUUAGAAAAGUAAAGCUGUAA